AUGAAGGCUCACAAGUUGCUACUAGGCAUAGCAAUUGUUGCCGGUAGCUUAUUGCAGAUCAUUUCUCCCAGAAAGCAUGGAUGGGUUGGCUUCUCGUGGGGAGGUACUAUGCCAUACGUUCCGCUGACUCUCGGAUGGGUCAACAAUGCCUCUAACACGGCCAUCUACUCGUCAAGAAUGGCCUUCGGCCUGAGUUUACCGCAAGCGUUCGAUGGAGCGGAAUAUUCUUACGUCAAGGGCACAGGCUACAACGAGACACACUGGACACUCAACGUACGGUGUAGAGGCUGCUCGCAAUGGCGCAAUGUCGACGGAGACCUCGUCUCAAUCGAUCCGUUAGCGCCAGCCCAAAAGUUCGCGUAUGGGUUAUCCAGUAAAGCACCGGCGCAACCUGCAAAUAAUAGAUCGACGUUCAACGUUCACAGUUCAUUCGGCAACUACAAGAUCGACCUCAGCCAAGGCCAGAAUGCAAACUUCGACAAAAUUGUAGCUGCAAAUCUUGUCGGUGGCGUUCCGCCAUCUUCAAGCAGUGCUUCCAUUCCAAGCGCAACCAUCAGUAUUCGACCAACGACAAUAAGCACAAGCUCGGCAUCAUCAGCCUCUCCACAACCCAUACAGACUGGUGUGCCGCUGGUAUGUGCGGGUGUACCAGCACUCGCUUUCUCAGUCAAUACUACGAAGGGAUGGAGGGCUACCAAAAUUGCAGGUGGCUUGACGCAGCCCCGAGGUCUACUCUUUGACACCGCCGGCAAUUUACUCGUGGUCCAGAAUGGCCUCGGAAUAUCAGUGCAUAAGAUUGGACCAGAUGGAUGCUUCGCAGUAUCAAAGACAUUGGUUACUCAACGGAAUCUCAAUCAUGGAAUCGCACUAAGCGAAGACGGUAAAACUCUGUUCGCAAGCUCAGCAACUUCUGUAUUUACUUGGAGCUAUGAUUCAGAAACCAUGAUAGUAUCUGAGACAUCAAGAACGGUAGUAUCUGGUAUGGGCAGCAGAGGCCAUGUUACAAGGACCCUUGCGAUCCCACCAAAGCACCCCAAUCUACUCAUCGUCUCGCAUGGCUCCGAUGACAACUUCGAUUAUGGUUCAGCGGACAUCAUGACUGCCCGCUCGUGCGUCAAGGUCUUCGAUAUGACAAAAACGCCUGUUGACGGUUUUAAUUACGUCACUGAAGGGUAUCAAAUGGGAUACGGUCUGCGUAACGAAGUUGGUUUGGCUUUCGACGGUAAUGGAAUGCUCUGGGGCGUGGAAAAUUCUGCCGAUGAGCUGCACCGCACCAUUGGAGGCAUAGCUGUCGACAUACAUUCUGAUAAUCCAGCUGACGAACUUAACUACUUGGGCGAUCCGUCCACGGUAAAUACGGACUGGUACGGAUAUCCUACGUGUUAUACUGUAGCAAAACCAGAGGCCAUCACCGACCGCAUUUUCGCUGCAGGUGAUCAAUUCGUACUCGAACCUAACGCAACCUACACGGAUGAUACGUGCAAAACGAAGAGUGUGCCAGCGAAACUCGCACUUCCUGCACAUGUAGCGCCUCUUGAUGCUUCUUUCAACAAGAACUUUACAAGCAUGUAUAUCACCUUUCAUGGGUCGUGGAAUCGAGUUGAGCCGACUGGAUACAAAGUCGUCGAAGUUCCUUUCAUCAAAGACGCAAGCGGAUUUCGCCCCGUCGCCCCGCUGAACAGCACCAUGGGCUGGAAAGAUAUCUUCUGGAAUGCCAGACGUGGAACUUUGCUCAACAACUCAAUGCUUCCGGCCUGUUUCAAUUGCCAAAGACAAGUACGAGAGGAUGUACAUCACCAGUGA